CCGCUCCAGGUAGUCCUCCAGUCUGCUGAAGACCAGGACUAAACACUCUGAUCUGCUGUUCUGCAGCAGAAAUCAGGAGUCAUUAGCAACAGUACAGCUUCUGUUUUUAAGACCAUAAAUCUCCCUCAUUACUGCCAGACUGUAACAUAGGAGGUACCUGUAAUAUUUAGCAACACAGGGUGAAUUCUCAGCGGAGUCAGAAAGACAAACAGAGGUGAAUGACGGAGCUGCUGUUUCACUAUAGGGCAGAAAGUGUGAAGUGAAGACUUCAGUUUCCCUUCAGGGGCGUGUUAGAGCAAAGGAGGUGAAGAAACCUGUUGAGUUCAUGUUGCAGAGGGUGGAGAAGGAGAGCUGGCAACAGGACGAAUCAGGAGAGAAGAGUGGAGGGAAAAAAUACAACAGAAAAGAGUCCACAGCUGAAGAGGAGAAAGUGGGCUGUGGAGAGCCGGUGGUGCAGAGCGGCGGCAGGAGCGACUGUGGGCGGGCAGAGAGGAAGUGUGGUCGACAGGCGAGGAAUUUAAAGUCCCAUUGUUCUGGAAGAGCAGAGGCAGACAGAGCUGAGGAGCCGAACCACUGACACUUGUUGGACAACAUGGACGUGAGCUCAGCCAUGGAGAAGAUGUCUGUAAAGCAGAGUGCAGGAGGUGCAGCGGUGUGUCUCGUAUGUGAGGAGAGCUGCUCUGGAUUCCAGCCACAUUCUUGGAGGAAAGCCUGUAUUGCCUGCGGCUGCAGCACAGUCGACCACACUCCAGGAAGUGACGUCGAAGAUGACCAGCGCAUGGGACGCCUGCUCACAGACUCAUCCUGCUCCCAUUUGACAGCGAAGGUUAAAGGAGGCGGUGGCCUUCGCACAUACAAGAGGAACCGUAUGAUCGUGACCAAUCCGGUGGUGUCACGCAAGGACCCGACCUUCAACACCACGACAUAUGACUGGGCGCCGGCCGGCCUCAACCAGACACUGGCCAUGCAGUACAUGGAGCUGAUCCCGGAGAGAAAACGUCCUGUCUCGGGGACAGACGGAGCAUUGGAGCGACGCAGGCAGCUCUUCUGUCAGCUCCCUGUCUACGAUCAAGACCCUAUGAAGUGUCAGAGCCUGGCCAAUGAGGAGGAGAUCACCUCCAUGCUGCUGUUUGUGAAGCACUACAAACAGGAGGUGCUGGGAGUCGGGGAGGUGGCCUUACCUGGUGAGGGUGGAGCUCUGAGGGAAGCAGCUAUUCAGAGGAGAGCGAAGGAAGCCAAGGACCGCAGCAACAUCGACAAGAAGGAUCACAACCACAGCUCCACCAAUUGCAGCUCCACCGCCGCUGCUGGUUCCACUAAUGGAACAAAUGACAGCAAUGUGACUGAAUAUCGGUGUACUGGUUGUAAAGGGGAAGUUGCAAGGGAUGUUCCAGCUGUUUAUGCUGAACGUGCAGGCUACCAUAGCGCCCUGUGGCAUCCCACCUGUUUCGUAUGCUCAGAGUGUGGCCAGGAAUUGGUGGACCUGGUCUACUUCUGGUCCAAUCAGAAGCUGCUCUGUGGAAGACACUACUGUCAGACGGUCUGGCCACGAUGCUCAGGCUGUGAUGAGUUGAUCUUCUGCAAGUCUUUUCACAAGGCAAAAGAUGGACGGACAUGGCAUCAUCAUCAUUACUGUUGCUGGAAGUGCGGGCAAAACCUGGACACACCCUGUCAGCACUGAGACGCUCACACACAAUAUAGUAUUCAACAAGGUAUCUUGUUCAGUAUUAAGAAGCUUUAGCACUGCUCGAAAACAUGAAUGACAAGGUGCCUAAGAGGCAGUGAAGCAAUAUUGAAAAAUAAAUGUCAGACAAGACAAAAAAAUAUACAAAAAAAUCUAACAUUGGCCGAUAAUUAGCUAGUUUUAUAUGAAAGAAAACAAAUAAUUACCGGAUAAAUAACACAGAUUAAGUAGAGCUUUAAGUGUUUAGUUGAUAUUUAGUAUUCAAAAGACCUACAAAGAAAUAAGUUCCAGCUGAUAUAUUGAUGUUUAAAAUACUUAAGACAUCUAUCUGACACUGAAGCACUCAGAGACUUGUUCACUUGAGUCUACUGGUGUUUCAAGUACUUAAGGAAAUAUUUAGUUGAUACAAAUGUGUUUAAAAUACUUAAAGAUACAUUUAGUUGAUUUAUUAGCACUUAGUCCUGACAGUGACUGGAGCCAGAUGGUUCAGACACAAACAGCAACUUACAGCACGGGAGGACCGUACCUGACAGUUUAGGCAACAAAUGAAUAAAUAAGACAUAUUAGUCAUGUUAAAGGAGAAAUAAAUAUAUAAGUAAACAUACAUUAAAAAAAAAAAUAAAUGGACAAAGACACUGACAAAUAAAUGUGACAAAAACAUUUCAACUCAAGUUCCACUUACUAGUUGGUCCAAGUGUUUUCAAUCACAUCACACAGUCCUUAUCAGCAGAGGCAGUACACUCAGUUGUCUCAGUUUUCCUGAGCACGGAGACAGAUUUACUUUCACUUUCUCCUCAGGAUUUAUUUUGUCCUGCACAUCGUAACUAAGACUUUCUCUAUUUUUGGGAAGUGCUGAGUCACUUGAAUGUUCUCUUUAUCAUCAAUUCUGUAUAAUGUAUUUGGAGCUCUCUUCAAUUUAAAUUCUAAUUUACAUAACUUAACAACAGUCUGGAUCAUGGAAUUAAAUUGUAAUUAAAAACCCAAAAGAGUUUUUAAUUUUAUUAUUAGAACAAGUGAAAUGAUGUGCUAGUGUAGUGAGAAUAUGUCAACAUAUUUUUAGUACAAAUCAACUUAUCUUGGAAGACUUAGCUAAAUAUGUAUGAAAAUUAAUUAAUUUCUAACAUGAGGUGUAAAAUCUGUGCAGAUAUACUUGUUAACAAAACCUCAGAGAACUGGACAGAUAGAAGGCUGGAAAAGGAUAACUAAUUAGUAAUUAAUAGGACUCUGCUGGAUUGUUUUGUGUUUUCUCUACAGUAGAUUUCAACUCCUUUCAACCCAUUUCAGUCAAACUGCAUAUGCAUUUUGCAUGUAACCUCUUUCAUGAAUAUGGGUCUCUGCCGCUGUAUGCUUUAUGUUUGCUUUACGUUAUAUUAGUUUUGUAUUUUGCUAACAAUUAACAAACACACUCCCAUGUGUCAACCAAAAGGAAACGUUUUCUGGCUGCAAAGUUUUGCAAUGUGCUAAAACCCCUAAAAAUAAGUUAGCCAGAACAGAAUAGAAACAGAAAUAAAAUCAGUCAGUAGGAUCAAGUUACAUUAAAUCAGCUAAUAUUUGUUUUUUUUUUUAUCCUUCAGUUACUUUUUGAAUUAAUUGUUUUUACUGUAGCAAAAUGCUUUUGUUUAGAAACCAGGGUAAUAUUUGACGUGAUUAGGCAAAUAUGUAGCAUAUAGACAACAAUACUGUUGAUACAAGUGUUAUCUGUGACAGACAAAAUGAUACUGAAGAAUAUAGCAAUAUCAAAUUGAAUAGUGAAAGUAGUUUCUAUCUUUGUGUAUCUCCAGUAUGUGUUUAGCCAGGAGCGUCUCUAUAUUCCCAGUUCAAUAUCCUCCUAAUAUGACACAUUAAGGAGAUAUUUGAAAGGGUGUUGUGUUUUUAGCAAAGGUUCAAGGUAUGAUUCCCUGGGUCAGUAUGUUGAAAUUACCCAACUACAGCUUACAGCCUAUGUUAAACUCAUUGAAACCUUUGACAUAGCACCCUGUGAACGUAGGGAGGAGUCCGUUUAGCCUUUAGCUUAGCACAAAAACUGGAAGUGAAGGGAAAAUGUUAGGUUAGCCCACAGCUCUGUCAAUACUGAAAUAAUACAUGUUUGAAAUGAACACAACAAGAUGAGAUAUUAAUCAUGAUGAUAAGAUGAAGAUUUCUAAAAGUCUGUGAAUGAAGGAUUUGUUAUAAUGUGCCAACGUUUUUUUUUAAAGAGCACAAACUGGCAGUUCGUCAGUAUGAAAAACAUGUUUUAAAUUAAAAGGUUUGAUGCUUUUCAUCAUUCACAAUUCACAAAAAGGAAUUCCCAGUUAAAUACUAUCUGUCAGUACACAGUAGUGACACUAAGUGAGUGAACGCACAGACGGUAUUUAGUGCUUUGAAGUGCUUUUCUAUUGCAUUGUGGGAUACAUCCGACAACACUAAUUACUGAAUUACAGUGAAAAGUGAAGGCAGCCCAAGUUAUAUUUUACUGUUUAAAUCAGCAGUGAUGGUGUUUUUUUAUAUACAUGAAAGGUUGUAACGUGGUGAUUUAAUCACCUGCAGGGUUUAAUGAUAAUCCCACUCCAGGUUAUGGUUGUUUGUCAUGUUUUGGCAUUUGUUUUUGCAUCAGUGCUUUCGUCAGAGAAAGUAAAGAGUAAAGAGAUGUUUCUGCUGACUGGUUUUGACAGCUGAUUGGUUGGAAUAAAAGUUACUUCUGAUUA